UAUUAUCAGCCACCAUUUUGUUAGCAUAGGAUUGGCAUCAUUUGAAUCUUCCCGUUGUCAUGGUGAUCUCAAAGUGGCCAUGAUGAUGUCAUGUUCUAGAAUUCUGUGAUGUCAUUACUUGUCCCUUUGAUGUUCAUGUGUUUUUAAGUGACUACAGGUCUUUAGAGAUACACCCUGUUCUCUUGUGCGAAAAUCACACAUCUUUAGAGACGAACUUCUCACACUGUGUUGUCAGAGAAAGACACUUUAACAAAUCAGAGAUGGAAAAACUGGGAGCCAAACAUUUCAACAUGGACCUCUCAGCUAAUACGAUGAAACAGGAGGCCAGUCUCUCAGAAAUUGAGACACUGAAGAAUGAGCUCCAAGAGAUGCAAAGAAAGCAUUCAUCUGAAAAGCAGAUGCUUGUUACCAAGCUUUCUGAGGCCAAACAGGAACUGGAAGAUCUGAACCGGGAACUCAAGACUGAAAAACACUUGAGGAUGCAGGUCGAGAAUGAAAAACUGGAGGCUGUGGAGAUCGCUGAGACUCUUUUCCAAAGACUGGAAGACAUGCAGAGUGUCUCAGACCUCAAAUCUGAGAAAACCAAACAGGAUCAGCUUCAUCAGGAGAUCCUGGAUCUGCAACAAAUGCUCCAGACAGAACAGACCUUGAGGGAGGAGGCAGAAGCUGAAAACCUCAAGGACUUUGAAAUGUUGGAAGCUGCUUGUACAGAGUUUGACGAGCAGCUCCAGAAAGAGAGUAAACUAAGAGAAGAAGCGGAGAUAGGCAAAAUGGAGGCUGUGGAGAUAGCUGAAACUCUUCUCCAAAGACUGGAAGACAUGCAGAGUGUCUCAGACCUCAAAUCUGAGAAAACCAAACAGGAUCAACUUCAUCAUGAGAUCCUGGAGCUGCAACAAACGCUCCAGACAGUACAGGCCUUGAGGGAGGAGGCGGAAGCUGAAAACCUCAAGGAUGUUGAGAUGUUGGCCGUUUGUACAGAGUUUGACGGACAGCUCCAGAAAGAGAGUAAACUGAGAGAAGAGGCAGAGAUAGGCAAAAUGGAGGCUGUGGAGAUCGCUGAAACUCUUCUCCCAAGAGUGGAAGAGCUUUCAGCCAAAAGCCAAACAUUUACCCACGAGCUGAAAAAGAAGGAAGGGAAGAAGAAGGCUCUCGUCGGAGACAUCAUGGAGCUCACUCGGAUGCUAGAUGAAGAGAUGGUUAAGGCUCUCCAGAAGAGGAUCAGAUGGAGAUCCUCGGCCAAGAUGAGGGCUUCCUGCUGUAACAGGAAGUGCUUUUCUCUUCGUUUCAGUAGCAGACGGAGGAUAAGAGCUUCACACUGGGGACCAAUCAGCCAGGUUUAAACCCAGUGUCUAUGUGGGUUCUCUCCGGGUGCUCCGGCUUCCCCACUACCAAAAAAGUGAAUAGGCUGAUUGCCAGAAAAACAAUGUAUAUACCCUUUCUUUCAUCAGUAGUUAGAUUUUUUAACUACUGAUGAAUCAGCCUGGUUUAAACCAGGUGUCUAUGUGGGUUCUCUCCGGGUGCUCCGGCUUCCCCACUACCAAAAAAGUGAAUAGGCUGAUUGCCAGAAAAACAAUGUAUAUACCCUUUCUUUCAUCAGU